AGUAUAAUAGUGCAAGUAAUACAGAAAGUGCUAUUGAUCUAACACUAGUAUCAAUUGAAAUUGCAGGAAUUAGUGCAUGGGAAGUAAAAGGUAGGUCAACAGUGGGUAGUGAUCACUACCCAAUAAUAACUAGGAUUGGCAUAGAGGUACACCAGGAAGAGGAAGUGAAAAUACCAAGGUGGAAAUUGGAUAAAGCUGACUGGCAGACAUUUAAAGAAGUUAGUGAGAGUAAGUGUGUGGAAAUACUGAGUAGAGAUAUAACAGAUGUGGAGGAAAUGAAUAAUGUAGUAGUAGCAACCAUUAUACAAGCAGCAGAAGAAACAAUUCCAAAAAGUACAGGAAAUAAACAGGGAAAAAGUGUGCCGUGGUGGGAUGAGAGCUGUAGAAUAGCAGUUAAAAAAAGAAAUAAAGCAUUUAGGCAGCUUAAAGCUCAUCACACACUGGAAACUUUAAUUAGCUACAAAAAGGCACAAGCAGUAGUUAGGAAAACAAUAAGUCUAGUAGGUGGCGGUAAUGCACCUUUGAGAUUAGUUGCCAACCGCCAUUAAACCCGAAAGAAGAAGAAGAAAAAGAACUGUCUUUAGUCCUGGAUUCAGUGAGAGCUGAGGAACAAAUCACUUUCAGCAGAAACCGUGAACUAAGAGUCAUCAAAGCUUUCGGACGCAGCUGCAGCGAUCUUCUGAGGAGAGGGUAGCAGUUCACGGUAUUUAUCAUCUUUAAACAACAGGAAAACACACUUUACACAUCGUGACUAAGUUUGGAAUCAAGCAGGAAUUUCAUCUGAACUGGGAUCUGCUGCUGUGAAGAUGGAGUUUGUUAAAGAGGAGAGUGAAGAGAACACGAGUGAACCAGAAACCUGGAGAAUAAAACACGAGGAACCAGAAACCAGGAGAAUAAAACACGAGGAGCCAGAAACCCAGGGAAUAAAACGCAAGGAGCCAGAAACCAGGAGAAUAACCAGAAACCUGGAGAAUAAAACAAGAGGAGCCAGAAACCCGGAGAAUAAAACACUAGGAGCCAGAAACCCGGAGAAUAAAACACGAGGAGCCAGAAACCCGGGGAAUAAAACACGAGGAGCCAGAAACCCGGGGAAUAAAACACGAGGAGCCAGAAACCCGGAGAAUAAAACACAAGGAGCCAGAAACCCGGGGAAUAAAACACGAGGAGCCAGAAACUCGGAGAAUAAAACACGAGGAGCCAGAAACUCGGAGAAUAAAACACGAGGAGCCAGGAGAAUUAAACCCGAGAAACAAGGAGGCCUGAUGAAAGAAGAAAGGCAAGAUCUGAAUGAGGUGCAGGAGGAAUAUCAGGAUCAGAAAGAUCACGAUGUCAAUGGAGAAAAAUCAGUAUGAAGCUGAGAAGUCUACACAGGCCCAGGAAUAACACCAUUUCAUCCUGUUCUGUUCAAGUAUUUUUGUAUUAACACUUUCCAUGAAGCCCAUAUUAUACAUUAUAAGGGUAUUCUUAAAGCAUUAUAAGGAGUGCAUUAUAACACAAUUUAUAAUAUGUUGGAUCAUCUCAUGAAUAUUCAUAAGAACAGGUUUAAUAUAUUUACUCAUUGUAACGAUCAGUCCACUGAAGGCGAGCGUAGAUGAACCCAAGUGCAGUUUAUUUACAAGUUGACAAUCCAAUAAUCCAAACAGUUAACAAAGACUUGACAUGGCAUGGCAUGAACAGACAGGACUCACCGACAGCAGAUACAUACGUCAAUACACGACAAGCCAUAAGGGCAAAAACCUGACUACUUAUAACAGACAAAAGGACACAUGACAUGAACAAACCAAUGGGGGACAAGGCACACGACUAAAACAACCAAUGAAUAAACAGAAAUGUUAAUCACAUGACAAGACAAACCAAUCAGAACAUGACACAAAGAACAAGAGGAACCAAUAGCAUGAAGACAAGAGGGCAAGGGAAGCAUGACACAAACAAUAACAAAAUAAAAGACCUGGAAACAAGAACAUGAAACAAAACCCAAAACAUGACACAAAAGUCAAAACAGACAUUACAUAUCCCCCCUUCUAAGGGCGGCUCCAGACGCCCAAACAACAAAACACAAAAAGUUCUGGAGGAUGGUGGAGUGGAGGUGGAACGGGGGGGGGGAUUGGAGGGCCAGGCCCGUGGAGAGCAACAGGACCUGGAGGGUGGAGCAAUGGCAGACCAUGGAACAGAGGGGGACUUGGGCCGUGAAGCAACGACAGUCCAUGAAGCAGAGGGGGACCUGGGCCGUGGAGCAGAGACAGACCAUGAAGCAGAGGGGGGAGUAUGGAGCCAUGGCGGUGCUGGCAUAACGGGAAGCCAUUGUGGUGCUGGCCAAGCGGGGUGGCCAGGCGGUGCAGGCAGAGCUAGAAGCCAUGGUGGAGCAGAGACAUGGAAAGACCACUUGGCCAUAACAGUACAGGUAUUGAAUUCUUGAGCGGCCUCCGUAGACGUUACAGGACAGGCAGUGAGUUCUUCAGCGGCCUCCGUGGCCGUUACAGGACAGGCAGUGAAUUCUUGGACGGCCUCCUUGCCCAUGCCAGGACUAGCAGUGAUUUCGUGGAUUGCCUCCUUGGCCGGGGACUCGGGCGU